AUGACCUUCCCAUUACGCCUAAAAAAUAAGUGGAGGCAUGGAUUAAUUGCAAAACCAAAACCUAAUCCAUUACACCGACCAAUACCCACUUUGUUCCCCCCUCCAUCUAUCCGUCCUACCUUUAAUCGAGGAAUUCCCAUAUUCACCAAACAAUAUGACAUACUAAACACAUCGAUGCCUGCUUGUAAGCGUUAUAGACCUCCAUUUAAGGGUAGAUUCAUACCUAAAACGGAUUAUACCCCCUCGGAUUGGCAUGAAAUGACCGCAAGAUUCAGGUUUAACAUCACAGGAAAGUUUGAUAAUGAGGGAAAAACGUUUGAACGGGACUUGGAGGUGGCAUGCAAAGAUCUAUUCCUUGUAGGUUGGAUUAAAUGCCGCUCCAGCUUCGCAGCUGGCCAUGUACAGGGAGAUGUAAUAGCAUUAAAUUAUCUGAAACGGUGGCUCAGUACAAAUGAAAGUGAUGGAGGCAUUAUCGAUUCGCUCCACUGCUAUGAUGAAAACUAUAGCCUUGAGAAGCUAGAUUAUGUCAAUUUACGGGUGGUUAAGGACUUGCGCAAACCACUAGUCAAGCAGAGGCAUGAAAAAGAAAGAAGGGAUCGGUUAAAUGCCUUGAUUUUGACGGAAGGGUUGUAA